AAUAUGUCUUAGUCUCUCCAAACAAGUUUAACCACAUCAUCAUGGAUUUUAAGAGGUUUGCAGUAGUGUUUUUGGUGACUAUAUUAUCAAACUUCGUUAUAUCUCAACAGCUUACUCCAAAUGAGUUGUGUGAAGGCGUUAAAAUCAAUUCAUUUGUUGCUGAUCCUGAAGAUUGUAGCAAGUUUUACCAGUGCAAUGGAGAUACAACCAUUCACGGCACUUGUCCAACAGGAAUGUUUUAUCAUGCAAAAGAUGUGUGUAGUUUCGACGAAUCGGAUUGCAACAGUUUUACAACACCUGUUUCAACAACAACGAUACCGGAUGAUAAUUCUAUAACAAAUGAGAGUACGUCGCCGACUAUAAGUUCAACGAUCACAACGCCAUCCAUAGAUAGUGCAAUUGAUCCAGAAUCGUAUUGUCUAUCAUCUAAUCCUAAUAUUCCAUCGUUUGUGAAAAGUUUAGACAAUUGUUCAAACUAUUAUAUUUGUGUUGAUCAAGCGCCAAUUCUUCAAAAGUGUGCGACAGGAAAGUACUGGAAUCCAAUCCAUCAGUACUGUGAUGACCCUGAAGCCGUUACCUGUGAACAUGAUCGUAUUCCUGAUCCGGAAGAAGUCUGUCAACAAAGGCCACUCAGUGGUAUUUCUUUCACUGCCAGUCCUAACAACUGUGGGGAAUACUACAUAUGCAUCAAACAAAAACCUUUUCGCAUGAACUGUGCGCCUGGCACUUUUUGGAACAGUAAUUCUAACCAAUGCGAUGAUGCUGAUAUUGCUAACUGCAAGAUUUCAACCCCUUCAACAAUUGAUCUUGAUGAGCUCUGUGCACAAAGAAAAGAUGUGUUUCUCAGCCAUCCCAGAUAUUGUGAUCUUUACUUGUUUUGUCGUAAUGGUAAAGCUUCUACUCAACGCUGUCCAUUCCUUACCGACUGGGAUUCCGUCAAUAACCGUUGUAUGCCACGUCACCAAACUAUAUGCACUAAGCAACGUUUCCAUUCAAGUAAAUAAUGGGAGCUAUAGAAAAUUUGUAAUCAAGAUUUCUGUUUUCAUCAUUCUCGUUCAACGAUCAAUGAGUUUACUUAAUCGUUAGUUUAAACGAUAAAUAGAAUAUCAUGGACAAAAGUUACAGUACAUUUCUGUUUACAUUGCGUCAAGGGUAUUUUUUAUAUUUUUUAUGUACAUGUAGAUGCUAAAUAUUCCGAAAAUAAUAAUUUCAUAAUAAAAUUUCUAAUCUAAGACCCAAUAUAAGGCCUAAGUAUAAGGUGUCAGCAUUUUUUGUUGUGUUGUAUUCCAUUAUUUAUUACAUUAUUUAAGAAAUGAUGAAAUCAUUUUUUUUUUUUUCAUUUUAUAAUUACCACAAUGUAUUAUAGAUACGCGUAAAUUGCAAGUAAAUUCAAACGUAUGUUUUAUAUUUUUCGUAGGAAAAAUCUUGAAUGACAAUUCUUUAGAUCUUUAAAAUUAGAAGAAAAAAUAAUAAUAGGUUUGAAACAGCCACGGAUAUCAAAUUUAACAUUUUGGUUUCAUUCGCAUGAUCAUGCAACUUUAACGUAAGCUAAGUUUAGUUAAAUAAAAUCUUAAGUCAAACUGUUACGUAGAGUUAAAUUUUUGUCGUUCCAGUUAACAAAA